AGCCAUUUACGUCACUGAACGAACGGAGGCAUUUCCUUAUUUCUCCAAAUCAUGAUGCCUAUAGAGUUUGAAUUAUUCCAGGACGUGCAAUCAUGGCGGUUCUAGCCGGGAUGAGCAGCACGCAGAUCCCCGACGGUGAGUACACCGCCGUGGUGUACCGGCUCAUCCGCGAUUCUCACUACUCCGAAGCGGUGCAGCUGCUGGCCGCUGAGCUGCAGCGCAGCCCCAAGAGCCGCGCCGGGCUGUCGCUGCUGGGCUACUGCUACUACCGCCUGCAGGAGUUCACGCUGGCCGCGGAGUGCUAUGAGCAGCUGAGCCAGCUGCACCCAGAACUCGAGCAGUACCGCCUGUACCAGGCCCAGGCCCUAUACAAGGCCUGCCUUUACCCAGAGGCCACUCGGGUGGCCUUCCUCCUCCUGGACAACCCCGCCUAUCACAGCCAGGUCCUGCGCCUGCAGGCGGCCAUCAAGUACAGUGAGGGCGAUCUGCCAGGGGCCAGGGGCCUAGUAGAGCAGCAGCUGAGUGGGGAGGCAGGAGAAGAGAGUGCGGGAGAGAGCGACCGCGAUGGCCAGGUCAACCUGGGUUGUUUGCUUUACACAGAGGGACACUAUGAAGCUGCGUGUUCCAAGUUCUCUGCGGCUCUGCAGGCCUCAGGCUACCAGCCAGACCUCUCCUACAACCUGGCGCUGGCCUAUUACAGCAACAAGAAAUAUGCUCCAGCCCAGAAACACAUCGCCGACAUAAUUAAACAUGGCAUCCGCCAGCACCCUGAGCUCGGAGUGGGCAUGACCACUGAAGGUAUAGAUGCUCGCAGUGUUGGCAACACCUUAGUUCUGCAUCAGACCGCUCUGGUGGAAGCCUUCAACCUCAAGGCAGCCAUAGAGUACCAGCUGAAAAACUACCAGGUGGCUCAGGAAACCCUCACUGACAUGCCACCCAGGGAAGAGGAAGAGUUGGACCCCGUGACCCUGCACAACCAGGCACUCAUGAACAUGGAUACCAGACCUACAGAAGGAUUUGAAAAACUGCAGUUUUUGCUCCAACAGAACCCCUUUCCUCCAGAGACUUUUGGCAACCUCUUGCUGCUGUACUGCAAGUAUGAGUAUUUUGACCUGGCGGCAGAUGUUCUGGCAGAAAAUGCCCAUUUGACUUAUAAGUUCCUCACGCCCUAUCUCUAUGACUUCCUGGAUGCCAUGAUCACUUGUCAGACAGCUCCAGAAGAGGCCUUCAUUAAGCUUGAUGGACUAUCUGGGAUGCUGACUGAGCAGCUCCGGAAACUCACCAAACAAGUACAGGAAGCAAGACACAACAGAGAUGAAGAAACUGUCAAAAAAACAGAAAAUGAAUAUGAUGAAACUCUUGAGAAAUACAUUCCUGUGUUGAUGGCCCAAGCGAAAAUCUACUGGAAUCUUGAAAACUAUCCAAUGGUGGAAAAGAUUUUCCGCAAGUCUGUGGAAUUCUGUAAUGACCAUGAUGUGUGGAAGCUGAAUGUAGCUCAUGUUCUCUUCAUGCAGGAAAACAAAUACAGAGAGGCCAUUGGUUUCUAUGAACCCAUAGUCAAGAAGCAUUAUGAUAACAUCCUGAAUGUCAGCGCGAUUGUAUUAGCUAACCUCUGUGUUUCCUAUAUUAUGACUAGUCAGAAUGAAGAAGCUGAGGAGUUGAUGAGGAAGAUUGAAAAGGAGGAAGAGCAACUGUCUUACAUCGACCCAAAAAAGAAAAUCUACCAUCUGUGUAUUGUCAAUCUGGUGAUAGGAACGCUCUACUGUGCCAAAGGAAAUUAUGAAUUUGGUAUUUCUCGCGUUAUUAAGAGCUUGGAACCUUACAAUAAAAAACUGGGAACUGAUACAUGGUAUUAUGCCAAAAGAUGCUUUCUCUCCUUAUUGGAAAAUAUGUCCAAGCACAUGAUAGUGCUUCGAGAUAGUGUUAUUCAGGAAUGUGUGCAGUUUCUAGAACACUGUGAACUUCAUGGCAGAAAUAUACCUGCUGUCAUAGAGCAACCACUUGAAGAGGAAAGAAUGCAUAUUGGAAAGAACACAGUCACAUAUGAGUCCAGGCAGUUGAAAGCUUUGAUUUAUGAGAUUAUAGGAUGGAAUACAUAGAUAUAGCUAGUAUUGGCCUUUUAUCAUGGAGGCUUUGUAACCUGUUUGGCAUUCUGUUUUUAUCUGUAUGCUUUUGCAUUUUUAUAUUUGUUACAUGUUGAACUUUAUACACUUUAAAAACAUUAUGAAAACCAACAUGUAG